UCUUGUAAGUCCCUCUAUUCAUUUCUAAAUUACUACUCCAUUUCUUCCCCAAAAAAGAUCAAAUUCGAAUCAAAUUUACGAUCAAUUGUCUUUUCAUCCCCAAUUCUGUGUUUAAUCUCAAACUAACCCUAACAAAAUUCAAUUCUUCUCCAAUUCCCCCUUUAUAUUUCCAAUUUUCCCAUGUAAAUUCACAAUGUCAGAUCCACCAACAAUCACUCACGUCUCCAACAACCUCACAAUCAGUGAAUUAUCACCACAAACAACGUCAAAAUCAAUUACCGAUACAAUUAACGGGUCACACCGUUUUGUAAUCCAAGGUUAUUCAUUAGCUAAAGGUAUGGGUGUUGGUAAACAUAUAGCUAGUGAUACUUUUACUGUUGGUGGUCAUCAAUGGGCUAUUUACUUUUACCCUGAUGGUAAAAACCCCGAAGAUAAUUCGACGUACGUGUCGGUUUUUAUUGCGUUGGCUAGUGAAGGAACUGAUGUUAGGGCUUUGUUUGAAUUGACUCUUGUUGAUCAGAGUGGUAAAGGAAAGGAUAAGGUUCAUAGUCAUUUUGAUCGGUCGCUCGAGAGUGGGCCGUAUACGUUGAAGUAUCGCGGUAGCAUGUGGGGAUACAAACGGUUUUUUAGACGAGCAUUGCUCGAGACUUCAGAUUAUUUGAAGGAUGACUGCUUGAAGAUUAAUUGCACUGUUGGAGUAGUGCGCUCUACGAUAGACUGUUCGAGCUUGCAUACAAUUCAGGUCCCAGAUCCGGACAUUGGAGCACAUUUUGGCAUGCUUUUGGAAAAUAUAGAAGCCUCGGAUAUUAUUUUCAAUGUGGCUGGUGAAAAAUUUCAUGCCCAUAAGUUGGUAUUGGCUGCUCGUUCUCCUGUAUUCCGCACUGAAUUUUUGUGUAAACGGGAUGGCGAUGAGCAGGAAAUUGUGGUUAAUGAUAUGGAACCUGAGGUCUUCAAAGCUAUGCUGCACUUCAUAUACAGAGAUGCUCUUGUAGAAGAAGAGCUAGAAGCAACUAGUACCUCUUCUUCUACCCCCUGUAUAUCUGACACUGUGACAGCAAAAUUGCUAUCAGCAGCUGAUCGGUAUGAUUUAACACGACUCAGGAGGUUGUGUGAGUCUCAUCUUUGCAAAGAUAUCUCUAUCAACUCUGUUGCACAUAUUCUUGCUUUAGCAGACCGAUACCAUGCCGCAGAGCUCAAAUCAGUUUGCCUAAGUUUUGCUGCUGAAAAUCUUGCUGAGCUAUUCAUUUAGAGUCUUGAGAUAGCAGUCAAGCUGAAAAGAAAAUGCUGCAUUAGUAUUGUGGAGAAAGGGCAAACUACAGUUGGAAAACUUAGUCUGUGUUCAUUGAUGGGGAGUACGUUGAGAAAACUGAAAGUUCAUCCCCUGAGGUCAAGUAAAAAUCGCAUCACUUGAGGUCACAUAAGAGAACUCUUCCAAAUUGAAGCUGUUUGUGAAUUCUUCAAGCAGUGAAAACUUAGGUGAAAGAGAAGUCUGAGGGCAUGGAAUAUUGUACCUUUAGCAAUUAUGUGGGGGUAUUUGGAAGGAGAAAAAUAGGAGAGUGUUUGAAGGGUUUGAACAACAUAUUGUAAAAUUGCAAAGUAGUUUGCUCUAGUUUCCUUUUGGUGUACCCAUGAGAUCCCUAUUUGUACAGAAGAUUGGGUUUCUUUAGUUGGGAGAACCAUAUUCCUAUGUAGGUUCUCUUUUUUCGGUAUACGGCUUGUAUAGAGGGUUUCCCCCACUUGUUAAUAAAAUAAUUUUCCUUGUGGUCCGGCCCUUCUCCGGGCCCUGCGCAUAGCCGGAGCUUAGUGCACCGGACUGCCCCCUU